UCCAGCUCCCACUUCACUGUAGCUCUUCUGCCAGACAGGACUCAGCCUUCCACCAUCACACACGCUCUCAGAAACAUUCACUCUCUCUCUACACGACAGCUGACAACACCUUGUGCAGAUUCUUCAGCUGCACCACAGGCUCACACAUCUCAAGAUUCAAGAGAAAGAGAGAGUGCGUGAACACGUUGACUCAAUUUUGUGCUGCACACACAAACGCAGGCACACCACCAGCUCUGAGGAGGCUGGUCCGAGGUUGGAAAAGGUGACUCGAGCAUGGAAUGGAACCUCAGAAGGAUGGAAAGUGAACUGAGGCACAUCAAUCCAGAUCUGCUGCAACCCAGCAAGAGCUUCAAGAAGCCGUCCUCGGGCACCAUCACCCUCAAUGUGGGCGGGUUCCUCUACACUGCCCACCGUACCACGCUGUCCAAACACCCAGGCUCCUACCUGGAAGAGUUAGCCAACGGUAAGAAGCCGGUUCAGCACACUGACUCCAUGGGUAACCCGUUUAUUGAUAGAGAUGGUCCGGUUUUUCGCCAUGUGCUCAAUUUCCUGCGAACUGGAGAGCUCCAGCUGCCCGACGACUUCAGGGAGGCGGGGCUCCUGCGACGGGAAGCCAACUUCUACCACCUGAGCGAACUGGUGGAGGCCGUGGUCGACUGGGAGAGUCAGAGGGCAGCCCAGCGAGAGCCCGCGUUUCUGGAGGUGACGGAUAGCCACGAGAGGUCACAGGGCCUCAAGGUGUACUGCAGUGACCCCACCUUCAUCGAGAAGGUCAAGGGGCGACUGGUGCAGAUCUCCAAGAGCCGCCUGGACGGCUUUCCGGAAGAAUUCGAGGUGUCGUCCAACGUGAUCCAGUUCAGGCACUUCAUCAAGUCGGAGAGUGGCUCGAGGCUCGUUCUGAAGGAGGACAGCACAUUCUUGUGCACACUCGAUUGUCUUAAAUUAGAGGCAGUGAUGCUUGCACUAAAAUCGGGCUUCAAGCUGGUCACCAGCCUCGACAGCAGCAAAGGAUCUGUGGUGGUGGCUGAGGCCCUGCACUUCGUCAAGUAGGAUGGUGGCAAAAAAAAAAAAGAGAGAGAGAGAGAGAGAAGGAGAAAAGAGUUGUGCCUGAUUCCAUUUCCACCCUGCUAUUGUAAGGUAUCGGGUUGAAGAUCUUGUAACAUGUAAUGUGUCAUGGUUUGGUAGAAGGAAAUUAGGUGGUGGACUGUCUCACAGGAUAAUGUUAAAGUGAUAGUUCAGAUUUUUAGGUUGUAUGAGGAAUCAACUGCAAACUGAUGUUUGUGUCGCUUUGUAAAGCACUCACUCUUUGCACCAAAGUCUACAGAGAAAAUCAGCGAUAUCAGUAAGUUGAGAUGUGGUAUUUUUUGUUGUUUUUUUACGUUUGAGUUCAAAAUCCUUUUUUCCGAUUUACUGAAGUGACACAAACUUACCAAAUGAAGCAGUAGACAGUAGUAGCAGCUCCUACUGUAUGUCCCUGCAAACUAAAAACACUGAUUUUCUCAAUAGACUUUGGUAGUGGAGAAUGAUGGGGUUACAAAUUUCAGUUUCCAGUCAGAAACGAUAUUGGAGACUUAAGCAGGCAAAGAUUAUGAGGUGAGCCUUCUUUUUUUUUUCUUAAAUGGCUAAAAUCAGUUUGAUGGCAGCUAUUUGUCAGUGAGAGCAAGCAUCAGUUCUAAGGCUGGUUCUCACACCUUUUAUUGAA